GAGCGGAAUCUGCGUCCGGCCUGAGCCCACGGAAACGCCGCUUUGACGCGCGGGCAACAGGGCGAAAAAAGCAGAACACGAGAGAGAAAAUGAUCUGACAUCAACAAGAGACAGCGAGAGAGAGACAGAGAGAGAGACAGAGGGAGUCCAUAACGAUGAAUCCUGCGCCGCUGCUGCUGCUGAUUCUGGUGGUGGCGUGCGUCUCGCCGGCAAGACCUCCUCCUGCAUCACCUCCACCUCACCUCGUCUUCAUCCUCGCCGACGACUACGGCUGGAACGACGUGGGCUUUCACGGCUCGGAGAUCAGGACCCCGCAGUUGGACCACCUAGCCUGGCACGGCGUCACGCUGGCCCGCUACUACGUGCAGCCCAUAUGCACCCCGUCUCGCAGUCAGCUGAUGUCCGGCAGGUACCAGAUCCACACGGGUUUGCAGCAUGGCAUCAUCUGGCCCUGCCAGCCCCACUGCCUCCCCAGCGACGAGAAGCUGCUGCCCCAGCUGCUGCAGCAGGCCGGCUACGCCACGCACAUGGUCGGAAAGUGGCACCUGGGCAUGUACAAGCGAGAGUGCCUCCCCACGCGUAGGGGCUUCGACUCGUACUUCGGGUACCUGACGGGCAGCGAGGACUACUACUCCCACAAGCGGUGCGUGCCCACGCCGGCCCUCAAUCACACGCCCUGUGCGCUGGACUUCAGGGACGGAGAAGCCGUCGCCCAUGGCUAUGACGGAGACUACUCGGCCGGGAUUUUCGUCGACAGGGCCCGGGAGAUUAUUACGAAGCACAAUCAGAGCAAGCCGCUGUUCCUGUACUUCGCUCUGCAGUCGGUUCACGAGCCCCUGCAAGUCCCGCAGAAGUACCUGGAGCCCUACGCGUUCAUCCGAGAUGCCAAGAGGCGGAAGUACGCCGGCAUGGUCUCCAUGAUGGACGAGGCCGUGGGGAACAUUACCGAGGCCCUGCGGAAGUUCGGCCUCUGGAAUAACACCGUGCUCGUCUUCUCCACGGACAACGGAGGGCAGACGUUGGCGGGAGGCAACAACUGGCCGCUGCGUGGCCGCAAGGGCACCCUGUGGGAGGGUGGCGUCCGCGGCGUGGGGUUCGUCGCGAGCCCGCUGCUGGCGAGGCGCGGCAGGGGGGCGGUGUGCGACGAGCUCGUCCACAUCUCCGACUGGCUGCCCACGCUCGUGAACCUCGCCGGGGGAUCGACCGCGGGGACGAAGCCCCUGGACGGAUUCGACGUCUGGAAAUCUAUAAGUGACGGACACCCUUCGCCGCGGGUAGAAAUUCUUCACAACAUCGACCCGAUGUUUGAAGACAAUCUGCCGUGUGCUGUUGUGGGCAAAGCGGAACGGAACGAGAGAUUUCCAUUUCGAUGGAACAAUUCUACCUUCAACAUCUCCAUACAUGCGGCGUUGAGGCAUAAAAACUGGAAGCUUCUCACCGGAGACCCAGGAUGCGGUCAAUGGUUCCCUCCGCCACACGCCGCGGGAGCCGAGGAGCCACCGCCGGCGCUCGCUCGCGACGACGCUCCCGCGAGACGCGUGCGGCUCUUCGACGUCGUGGCCGACCCGGAGGAGAGGGCCGACCUCUCGGACCGCUUUCCCGACGUGGUGCGGGAGCUGCUGCUCCGCCUGCAGCGCUACGAUGAGAGCUCGGUGCCCAUCAGCUACCCGCCCGACGACCCCCGAUGCGACCCCGGGCCCACGGGGGCGUGGGGUCCGUGGGCCUGAGGUGGCGGGGCCCCCGGGAGGUCGACGCCGUCGCCCCCCCCCCCCCCCCGGGGUGCACGCCUCGCGCGCCGUCCGUUGUUUGUUCGGCCCCUCGGCACUGCCCCACCGAACGAUCGUAGGGAAUCGUUUUAAUGAACGUGCAGUGUACUGGUUAUUGAUCGAUGAGCGUGCGGGGUAUGGAGCGUUGUGGGCUGCAGCAAUCCCAGUGUGUAGAUUAAAGGUCUACGGUGAGACACCAGCGUGUAGCCUGCAGCCCCAGAGUCCGCAGUGACACCAGCGUGUAGCCUGCAAUGACAGACGCCGCAGUCUACAGGGACACCAGCGUGCAGACUAGAGCCACUCUGUGUUUUCGCCAACAUGUUUAGACUACGUAAGCACAAUUUCUGCGGCGAUCCUGGCUGUAGGCUGGUGGGAGUUUGGAGUGCGACCUCGGCCCUGCCAGUGGCGCCCAUGGACUCUCUCACACCGUGCCCGCCUUCCCAAAGCAGUUCAGUGCCAUCGCAGUCUGUCGAUGAGGUGGAACGUGCCUCGGCGAUGACACGGUUAUGGAUGACGACGAUGACGACGACGAUUUAACUUCAGGUAAAACAGGAAGUGGUGCCGAACGUGACGGACGAGCCCGUGUCCUGUGCUUGCCAACGUUGACGUGGUGGUCACAGGCGGUGCUGGGGAGUUGACACAGCGACUGAAAUCAGAUUACAGGGACUCCUCUACUUACGAACGAGUUAGGUUCCAGAGUUCUGUUUGUAAGUCGAUUUGUUCGUAAGUCCGACUUUACUCCUGUCGAUUCCAAACUUGUUGUACGGCGUGUACACUCAACACGGGGAAAGUUGUAUAAUCUCCUGUAGAUGUAGAUGCCACUGGUUCUUCACGUUCUGCAGAUGUAGAUGCCUCUGGUUCUUCACGUUUUGCAGAUGUAGAUGCCACGGGUUCUUCACGUUCUGCAGAUGUAGAUGCCAUUGGUUCUUCAUGUUCUGUAGAUGUAUAUGCCACUGGUUCUUCAUGUUCUGCAGAUGUAGAUGCCACCGGUUCUUCAUGUUCUAACAGAUGUAGAUGCCACCGGUUCUUCAUGUUCUAACAGAUGUAGAUGCCACUGGUUCUUCAUGUUCUCUAGAUGUAGAUGCCAUGGGUUCUUCACGUUCUGCAGAUGUAGAUGCCACCGGUUCUUCAUGUUCUAACAGAUGUAGAUGCCACCGGUUCUUCACGUUUUGCAGAUGUAGAUGCCACUGGUUCUUCACGUUCUGCAGAUGUAGAUGCCACUGGUUCUUCAUGUUCUGCAGAUGUAGAUGCCACUGAUUCUUCACGUUCUGUAGAUGUAGAUGCCACUGGUUCUUCAUGUUCUGCAGAUGUAGAUGCCACUGAUUCUUCACGUUCUGCAGAUGUAGAUGCCACUGAUUCUUCACGUUCUGCAGAUGUAGAUGCCACCACCGCGAUGUAUUGCGCGGCGGUUGAGCCUACGAUUCUCGGUCCGAACAGGCAACUGGACAUACGGACAGGUUUGUGCGUAUCUCUGAAAGUUCGUAAGCAGAGGAGUCCUGUACAAACAACGGCAGGUACUCGUCAUCGCCUAAGGGAUGCUUCGCAGUUAUUGCGUAAUCAGUUAUUGUCUUAAUCGGACAGAGGAAAGUGCAAACAAAUGUGCAGUGGAUACCUAUGGGCUAGCUGCCCAUUGAUCGUGGUGAUGAUGAUGAUGAUGAAUCAGAUUACUGCUGCUUGUCACAAAUCCGUUUAUACUUUUUUUUUUGGGCCGGCAAUGCUGAGACCUUGAUUUCAAAUUGAAGCAGCUGCCCGUGAUUAAACGGAGCCCAGACAACCCAUGACGGCACACAAUUAACCCAUUACAUUAAGACCAAUUUUGCACUUAAUUUGGUCAAAUCCCAGCUGACCAAAAAUUUCAAAUGAGCACUUAGCAUGUCACAGCCGCCGUGCCCGACAGCGAUAGGGAAACAACAAUGGGAGAAAUUUGCAUUUAUUUGAAGCCUUUCACAAGAAAGUCUCAAGGCGCCGUGCAUGGAAAGGACAAAGACAAGGAACUGGGCAGCGGAAUAGGAGCCAAAGGAACACAGCCGAUUAGCUCGUCCGUCCCAGCCAGCCAGCCAGCAAAACUUAUUUUUUUUAUAAAAUGGUGUGAUGCGUUUUUAGUCGGGACUUAGAAGAUAUCAACAGAGCCGUGGAGAGUUCCACCGCUGGUGGGGAAAGCGUGCUGCAAGGUGCUUGUGUGCAAUUGUCACGCGGGGAGCUUCCCAGCAAACUCUCGCGCGCAACUGUAGUCGCACAACUCGGAUCACGAUCGUUUCAGUCCCUGAACAACCCACACGGCGGUGUCACCAGACACGCCGUGACAUGCCGCCAUGCACGCGGUGGCGUUGGCAGUGGCGCGGCGGUGGCGUGGUUGUGCGGUUGGGUUCGGUGGCGUGGUGGUGGUGUGGUGGCGUGGCAGUGCGCAGGACAGGCCUGCGGUUACGAACUCUGGAGGCAACCGCUGACGAAUCGCGUGCUGAUCGCGUACAGAUCUGCGACACUCCCCGACAAGCUGGGCCACGAUUUGGCCAUGACGUGGCAGUACAGCAAGCAAAUACAGCAAGUCAUCAUGGCCAUGACAACGCUCUACACCUUCUACCUUCUUCUGCUGUUUAAAAGUUGAGCUGGAGCCGAGGUCUGCCUUUGGCAAUUGUCGCACCGUCUGGCGUCUGAACGCCAAGUGUCACUCCAAUGCCCGUCGUGGUAUCCUGUCACCCCAUCCUCCUCCUCCAUCCUGCGCACAUCUUACUCAUUGCAACCGACUCCUCUUCUUAAGAACGUCUACAAUGUUUGUUUUCUGAAGCUUCCCCGCGGCAUUCCAAGUUGUUUACCCUUGUCCGUAUCCAAACUCCAGAAUAACGGAUUAUAUAUUUUAUUGCAAUGGCGGCCUCUGCUGCUGCAUCAUCUUCUUCUUGUCGUACGGCUGAUGGUGUCGAUGCAGACCAACAACAACUACAAUUUCACAGUCAGGGUGGUCAAGCCAGGCAACCACGUCAGGAGGAACGGAUCGGGCCUCUGCCUCAUGAGGGGGAUGCAAAAACGACUGCGAUGAAAUGUCGCCGUCGAUGCCACCACGUUGCGCGCUGCCAUCCCACCGGAUUGCAAAGAGGGCAUCUUGCGGUGGCCGUCAAAUUUUUGUUCACAAUUUAAGUCCUCCUGCGUGAGUAAUCGGAGCGCUUUCAGGUGCGUGCGUUCACCACCUUGGGGGACCGCUGCCGCUCGAGAUGGCCGAGUAAGGGAUUUUUUUUAGCUCGCCGCGGUUCGUGAUCGACGGAGUGGAAUCGUUUGCGGCUACGAUUUGUCAGCUGCGCGCGUCUGAUUAGCACAAGCGGCCUUGUCUUGGACUGGAGCCAGGCUCGUGGCAUUUCCUCUACUGUAUUGUUGGUGGUGGUGGGGGGUGAGCAUGUGGAGGUGACGGUAUGAGAGGUGCCACUUUUCCAUCGCGUGCCGCAGUUCGCUUGCACCUCCGUCCGCUGUUUCUGGACGUUUGUCAGACGCGUUAAGCGGCGGCAAGAUUUACGAUUGCUCGAGCGAGGACGUAAGUGCAUUAUUUUACACUUUUUUUGUAAAAAAAGAAAAUAUGAAAUGUGCCUGAAUUUAAGACGCGUGCAAUGAAUGAUUUGACUUUGGGAAUUUCGUGAGUUUUUUGUUGUUAUAAUGAAAUUUGCAACGGUUGAAUCUUCACUUUAUGCUUUUACCAAAUAGCGGCAUUACAUUAUUGAAAUGUAGUUCAGUUUUCAGAACGUUUUAAUUAAUCUUGAAACGAUGUCCUUUGGUUUUUGUAACGGGGGCGGAAAAAAAACCGAUUGAAUGCUCUGUUGAGCGGUGAUAAUUGCAUCGAUACGUUACAAUAAACUUUUAAAAGGACAACGGUCUAGGCCAGUGGUUCUUCGCCUUUACUACAGCCUUACACACAUUUGGUUCUCAAUCUUUAAAAUGUACGAUGUUAAUAAUUACAUGGGGUUUGAUGAAACAAAGUAGUUGUGCUUGCGUGCCCGUGCUUUAUUUCUGUUUCAAAUUAUCUAUCUUCUCAAAAAAAGAUUUGGCCGUGUCUGGCACCCCCAAAAAGGGCAAUCUCGCACCCCCAGGUUAAGAGGCCCUGCUCUAGGCAGUACGGUUUUUUGAAAGGCGUCUGCCGAUUCUGAGACUGAACAGGAGUAAUAAACAUGCCUUGCUGUUGCAAAAUAGAUGUUUUUGUCUUUUUUUACAUUUUACUGAAUCGCGUUA